UAAGUUCCCAAACAGUGAAUAAUUAUAUGUAAACCGUUAUACUAUAUACGAAUCGACAACCAGGGGAACUGCUGAGCCGGAGGAUAGUAAAUACUCUAAGUCAUCCGUCGCAUCCGUUCGCCUUCGUCGUCUUCGCUAGUCAACUUAGUCAACUUAGUCAAGUCCUUUUCGCUAGUUGUUAGUUGUUGGUCUCUCUUUAGUCCUUUAGUCCCUCCUUCCAUUCGCUCCAUUCGCUCCAUUCUCUCAACGGUCUCCUCGACGGUUCGGUCUCAGCCUGCCGCUUUCUUCGCCAUGUCUUCGGCCGCAACAAGCGCCGACCCAGCGGCGGCAGCAGCUGCUGCUGCCGCAGCCCAAGCCGCCAUGCUUCAGUUUACCAUAGAGGCCUUCACGCUGCUCUCCGUUGGCCUCUUUAUUACCAUGCUUCGGACGUUCGCUCGUAUAAAGGCCGUAGGAAUUAAAGGUUUACAGGCCGACGAUUAUCUAGUCUGGGUCGGAGCGAUAUUUUACGCCAUCGAGACCAGUCUUGCGUAUUCCGUCGGACAUGUCGCUCAAGGUUUGGCCAACAACGGUAUGACGGAUGCUCAACGAGCCGCAUUAUCGCCCGACAGCGCUGAAUUCGCCACGAGAGUUGUCGGUUCGAAGAUCCAACUUGCCGGAUGGUCGUCAUACUCCGUCCUUCUCUGGUCACUUAAGGCAUCUCUUUUAGUAUUUUAUAUGCGAUUAACUGCGGGUCUCAAAAAAACUUACCUGAUCCGCAUUUACAUCGGUUUCGGUCUUUUGGGAGCUAGUUUCGUCACCAUCUUGAUGAACCUCUUCCUCGCUUGCCGUCCCUUCCAUCUCUACUGGCAGAUUAACCCCGACCCAGGCAACACAUGCCAACCGGCCGUCUCAAACCAGAUCAUCUGGGUCUACCUCUCGAUGAACGUAAUCACUGACCUGUAUCUCAUCUCGAUUCCCGUCCCCAUGCUUUGGCAAUCGAGUUUGAGACCCGUGAAGAAGUUCGGCUUGAUCCUUCUAUUUAGCGGAGGAUUAUUCGUCGUCGCAUGUGCCAUUCUCCGAUGCGCACUCAUCGUAACCGACCCGGUUAACGGAGCGCAACUGGCUGGAUCGUGGGCUGUUCGAGAAACAUUCGUCGCCGUCAUUACGACUAACCUUCCCAUGGUCUUCCCUCUUAUCAAGAAUUGGCUUACUCCCGUCCUGGGGUCUCUUCUCACCACCAUGCGUUCGCAGCAGAAGCUCACCGACAAGGAGUCCAGGAGCGACUUGCGCACAUUCGGCGGUGGCAGUCACAACACCUGGAAACGUCGCGGCGGACCUCCUACGGCGAACCCUAUCACCAAUAUCACCUUCAACGAGAGCGAGGAGCGGAUGGUCGAUGACGUCAAGCUACAGGAUCUGAAGGGAUGGACCGACUCCAGCACCACGGGUAGCGCCCCGGCCCCUAACAACAACAUACGGAAACACGUCGAGGUCGCCGUCGUUAGCGAAGCGCGUGACGAGAGGGACCUACCGGAUCACCGCGGCCACGUCGUCGGCGACGAGGAAAACCAACACCACGGCAACUUCUCUUUCGCUAGAGGACCGCGAAGGUCAAGCUACACCGGCCAAGGUCGCAUGUAACAACAUUGCCGUAUGUAAAAACAUUUUAAAAGGUUAUAGUUAAUGAACUUUUUUCUUAAAAAGUAAUAUACCCGCCAACUUCCUCUUCGCCGGCGCAAAACGGGACAGCGCAGAAAAAAAAUCGGUGGCGCUAAACGUGUAGGAGAUAUAUAUAAAAAGCGGUAAAGGAAACUGGAACUAUUUCGGCUCUUUCAGCGGUGUCUUCCAUCGUUUCCAAUUGUAUAUAGGAGCUCGGGAGUAACUUAUACGGGAGUCCCCAAUCCUCAGCCGGUUCAACAGGGACGAUUUGUUUAUUCUUGCGUUCACAAACUCUGGCUGGUAAAGA